ACGGCCAUCUUCUCACCUUCAACCAUUUCCUCCAUCUCACAAUUUUCUUGCUCAACAUCAUGCCCGACCUCCCUUUUGACGUCAUCGCCAUUAUCCUGCAGUUCCUCGCUCAAGGCAACGAGUCACUGGCAUGUUACGCUGCCAUCAACCGCGUCUGGAACGAGGCCGUUGAGCUCAAGACCUUCGAGAAAAUCCGCAUCAGUAGCGGCCUCAACCCCAUCUGGAAGCUCUUCGAAACGCCUGUUGAUGUCAUGAUCUUUAAGAGAACCUUGGAGAAAAUACGCACCAGUACUGACCCUGAAGGCUUCACUAUUCCGCGGCUCGCGCAAGCUCUCAAACAUGACGGUGGGCGACGUCGCAGCUACAUACGCGAGAUUGAGUUCAGGCCUGAGUGUAAGAAUUACAGUACUAGGCCACAUUGAUUCGCGACACCGGCUCGAUGUCCCAGAUUCGACUGUCAGAACCACCCUCAAGAAAGCAGUCAUUGUGGCUUGGAUGGGAAAAUGCUGACUGUGGAUCGGAAGUAGAAGGAAGAGCUUGGUCUCGAAAUGCUUGGGCUCACGGUGAGCGAUAGCUGGGCUGUGGAGUCGUAUGACCCUAAGAGGUUGAAGUUGGAACUGAAUUACAAGACGCUGAGGAGGUCGGGAAGAGCGCGGGGUUAUACGCUGGUUUUUGAGAUGAGCCUCGAGUUUAGCGCUUACCCCAUGUGGCUAGUCUCGCUUA